AAUAAUAAUAUAAAUAUGGAACUAAUUCGUACACCUAAAGUAGCCAACGUACGUAUGCUAUGCCGAUACCCGGGCCAACAGCUAACUGGCGGUAGGGAUACUACGGGUACACUGUAUCUGACGGCUACACAUCUAAUAUUUGUCGACCACAGUGCCAAACGUGAGAACUGGAUCCUCCAUACGUUGAUAUCAUCCAUAGAGAAGCUAUCGAUAACUACUAACGGCUCACCACUAUUGAUGCGAUGCAAACAUUUUCUAUGCGUUACAUUCAUAAUACCCAAGGAACGGGAUGCACACGAUAUCUAUCUGUCCAUCUAUCAACUAUCGCAACCAACCAACAUCGAGGACUUGUAUUGUUUCAACUAUACGGCCAGCAAUGAACACUUUGACAAAGAGGACGGUUGGCAUCAGUAUAGUGUCGAAUCGGAGUUCCAGCGUAUGGGUCUUCCCAAUCAACAUUGGACACAGACUACCAUUAAUACUAAUUAUGAGGUUUGCGACACAUAUCCGCGUAGUCUGUACUGUCCGGCCGGUGCUACCAAACAGAUACUGUUAGGCAGUGCUAACUUCCGGUCUAAAGGCCGGCUACCAGUGCUAACAUAUCUCCAUAAGAAUAAUGCUGUGAUCUGCCGGUGCGCUCAACCGUUAUCUGGUUUCAGUGCCCGUUGUGUUGAAGACGAACAACUGUUCAAUUGUAUACUAAAAUCAAAUCCAAAAUCAUCGGUACUUUAUGUAGUGGACACCCGACCAAUGAUCAAUGCAAUGGUUAAUAAAGCUCAGGGAAAGGGCUACGAAAACGAGUAUUUCUAUGAGAAUACGAAAUUUCAUUUUUUCGGUAUUGAAAACAUACAUGUAAUGAGAGGUAGCCUACAGAAGCUGAUGGACGCUUGUGAACUGAAGGUGCCGUCGAUGAAUGCCUUCCUAUCGGGUGUCGAGGGUAGCGGUUGGUUACGUCAUGUAAAGUCAGUACUGGAAACUUCGGCAUUCAUUGCCCGGGCGGUCAGCGACGGUAUCAGUGUUGUUGUCCAUUGUUCGGAUGGCUGGGAUCGUACGGCCCAGACAUGCGGACUGGCAGCCGUCAUACUGGACCCGUACUAUCGGACACUCGAAGGUUUUCAGGCACUUAUCGAAAAAGAGUGGCUAGCAUUUGGCCACAAGUUUAGCGACCGAUGCGGUCAUAUUCAGGGCGAUAGUAAAGAGAUGGCACCGGUAUUCACCCAGUUUUUGGACGCCGUUUGGCAACUUGCCGGUCAAUUUCCCCAACAUUUCCAAUUUAACGAACGCUAUCUACUGGCCAUACACGAUCACGUACACAGUUGCCAGUUCGGUACGUUUAUCGGUAAUUCGGAUCGCGAGCGCCGGGAGCUCAGAUUAGCUGAACGCACCUACAGUCUAUGGGCCUAUACGGCCAGCCAUAGAUCCGAAUUUAUGAAUCCACUGUACGUUGGGAACAGUGAUGAUGAUGAGGAGGAGGGUGCCAUCGGACAGCAUAUGCUCAAUGUUGAUGUCUCGCCACAGAUUAUCAAGUUCUGGAGAGGACUAUACAAUAGAUUCGAGUUUGGUGUACAUCCUAGACAUUCCUUGAAUGAGGUACUGGUGGCCACACAUAAUCAUAUUACUAGUCUAGAAGAUCAUAUCGAUUAUCUGGAAGAGCGUAUUGCACAAUUGACACACACUGAUGAUGAUGAUGAUGAUACCGAUAACGGGCCGGCCGAUCAUCCACUGGCCACCACUACCAAUACCAGUACCACCACUAGCGGCGCCUACCUAUACAAGAGCUCCGAUAGCCAAUCGAAUGGUAACUCGAAUUUUAUCGGUUCACUAGAUUUAGACGAAAUUGAUUCGCCGCUAAAAGUGGUCGAAGAGUGUAUGAAUCGGCUGGAAAUGUGUAAAACCAAAGACAUUACUAUUACUACUACUAAUAAUAAUAUAAAAGACCAACAACUUAAACAACAACAACGUGAAGUGGCCGCUGCCCAGGCCGUAGCCGACACCCAGGCCGUCUACGAUACGGUUGCCCUACAGUGGCAGUCACUGCAUUCGGUCAAAGAGUGUCCGUGCGGUACACCGUUUGAACCGUUUGCACCGAAACUGCACUGUUGGACGUGCGGCCAACUCUACUGUGUACGCUGUAUAGACAAACGUAUACCACUACCUGGCCAUCAGCAGCAACACCAGCAUCAUCGGCAUCAACAACAUCGUCGGCACAGUUACUGUCCGACUAUUAAUACAAACUAUAGCCAUAAUCGCAAACAACAACAGCAACAGUCGGUUCCCGUUUGUCGUACAUGUUAUCAACUAGUGAUGCGUUCAAACAGUAUUGACUGUAUUUAAUAUACAGUUAAAACAAACAACAAAAAAAAAGAUUAUAUAACUUAUAAUAAUUAUUUAUUUU